ACUUAUUGGGAUCAACUAAUUCAACUGUUUCCAAUGUUUCUAGGCUAGUGGGCACAACUGGAAUUUUGAAAAAGUGUUUGUGCUCUUAAGUUUUUUUUUUCUUGGCAGUUGGACAUAUUUCUGAAUCACUUUUUAUAAUCUAAGAGAGGUGUCAAUGGAGGCUCAGAAACAUUCUUGCAAAUGCUAUAAAGUUGAAGGCUGGUAUUAUGCAUGCCAUCACCAUUUAUUUUUUAAAUACAUCUUUUUAAAAAACCAUAAAUAGAUGCCUGGGAUAGGGAAUUUGCUAAGCAGCAAAGUGUAUGUACAUGAGCACAUUCAGUGGGGUGAGAAGGUAUCUGGUAACCUGUAGAAGUAAACUGCUAUUGUGCCAAGCAGUUUCAAAGAGUAAAAUUGAUUUUAGAGAGAUGUGAGGACUUUCAUCACCAAUUUAGUGGAAACUUCCUUAACUUGUGCCUUCAUUUUUCAAUCAUAAUUUUCAAGUUACCCAUCCAAAAGUUAUGAUGGCUGGAGUGGUGGGAACUGAAUUUUGGCAUAAAUGAAUGGGGAUGCUAAAUCAAUGAAAAAAGAAAAUUAUAGUGACAAGAGUUCACUUAUCUAGAUCCCCCCCCCAAAAAAAACACUGAGCAGUCUCUUCCAAAAGCAUUAAUCCAAAUCACCCCCAAGUGGUACUUCCUUGGUUUUUUUCCGAAUUUUCUGGGGGUGGAGGAAAAGCAAUAUAACGGGUCCGGACGGAAAUGAGCCACUUAAUCGGGCAGCAACCUGGCACUCUUGAUCCGGGAUGUGGGAAAGCGCUUCAUUCUUGCCUCUCAUUAGUUUCACAGGGCGGAAAGUUCAGCCACUGGGCUCGUGUUGGCACAAUGCCCAGCAGUUCAGUAUAAGGUUACAGGCCAGGAGGGCUGGGGGCUUUGAAGCAAGGAAAGCCGCGGGCGCAUCUUGCUCGAGAGUGCAGGAGGGCACUCCACCCUCUGCUAAGCCUGCUCCUUCCCUGUUCCUCCCAGUUACUAUUUCCGUGCUCGGGGACGCCUCACUCGCGCGCUAAAGGAGGCGCUCCUGCUCGCCAGCUUUGGAGUCACAGCCCCGCUAACCGCUGCUGCUGCUCCUCCUCCUCCUCCUCCAGCCUCAGCUGCGCGGAACGCUUUCACGCGGCUUUGCCUCCUUUCCUUCUUCCACACGAGGGGCUGACCAUGGCGACGAAAUCCGGGAAAUUCUGGCACGAGGCGUCGCACCAAAUCGUCGCUGGCGGCUCCGCAGGUCUUGUAGAAAUUUGCCUGAUGCAUCCCCUCGAUGUGGUGAAAACCAGGUUCCAAAUUCAAAGAGGAAAAUCUGAUCCCUCUGGGUACAAGAACGUUGGAGACAGUUUUAAAAUCAUAUUCCGGACAGAAGGCUUGUUUGGUUUCUACAAAGGUAUCCUCCCUCCAAUCUUGGCUGAAACACCCAAAAGAGCAGUAAAGUUCUUCACCUUUGAACAGUACAAGAAAAUACUUGGAAAUGUUUCUCUAUCACCAGCUUUGACAUUUGCAGUUGCGGGCUUGGGAUCCGGGCUAACAGAAGCAGUUGUGGUUAACCCUUUUGAAGUAGUCAAGGUUAGCCUCCAGGCAAAUCGGGAUGCUUUCAAAGAGCAACCCUCCACCUUUGCUAAAGCUCACCAAAUUAUCCAGGCCAAUGGGUGGGGUUUGAGUGGACUCAAUAAAGGGCUGACUGCUACUUUGGGACGUCAUGGAGUUUUUAAUAUGGUGUAUUUUGGAUUCUACUUCAACGUGAAAAACAUCAUUCCUGCCAAUAAGGAUCCAACACUGGAGUUUCUGAGAAAGUUUGGAAUUGGGCUAGCCUCAGGAACAAUAGCCUCAAUUAUUAACAUCCCUUUUGAUGUUGCAAAGAGUAGGAUUCAAGGACCACAGCCCAUGCCCGGAGAAAUCAAGUACAGGACCUGUUUUGAAACAAUGAAAACCGUUUAUAAAGAAGAAGGAUUUCUAGCUUUGUACAAAGGAUUGGUUCCCAAGAUCAUGAGGCUAGGACCAGGUGGUGCGGUGAUGCUGCUGGUUUAUGAAUAUGUUUACGGGUGGCUUCAAGAAAACUGGUGACCAGAAGUACUAAUUUCAGACUGAAAAUAAUGUAAAACAAUUCCUAUCAAAUAAAAAAUAUGUGCAUCAGCAUUUAUAAGCUUAGAAAAGAAAGGGAGAGUUGUACAAUGGUGCAAAAUGAAUGGCUUUGGUUAUGAAAGGCCUAAUACUACCAUAUUUUUCCAUGUAUGAGACACUAUUUUUUCCUGCAAACACCCUGUUCAAAAAUCAGGUGCGUCUUAUACACAGAAAAAUAAUGGUAACCUCCGCAGCCCAGGGCAUGCCUGUGUGCAUUGCCAUGCUGCCUGGUACAGGUGUCAAGCCCCUGUGGUCUUGCCACUAAUGGGAGGGGGGAGGGGGCAAGAUCGUCGGCCACCGAACUUUCAGAUCAGCGUGGAGAAACUCGCCUGCCAGAGCAUCUUAUACAAGGGUGCGUCUUAUAGAUGGAAAAAUAUGGUAAAUAUUCUUCAGGAAAAAAAGUUAAUAUUAUAUUUCAACCCAGAUGCAAAUACCUAUCCCAUUAAGUAAAAGCUACAAAAGGAAUGUUUUAAAAGAAUAUAAUGUAUGUCUAUCAAGCAAAUUAAAAGUGUUAAUUUGAACAAUUUCACGUUGACUGAUUGAUAGAAAAAAAUCUAUUGUUUAAGAUGCAUGCCCAAAAACCAGACUAGACUGUAAGUUCUAGUCUCACAGGCAUGAAAGCCUUUAGCCAAUGAUUUUAGAUGACUUUAGGCCACUCACUCUGUCUCAGCCUAUUUCACCUCACAGGGUUAUUGUUAUGGAGAAAAUAGGAGGAGAAAGGAGUAGUAUGUUAGUCACCUUGAGUUAUUUAUAAAAAUAACAAAGGUAGGAUAUAAACAAACAUUUUCAUAACAACUGAAAUCUUGAUUUUAGAGUCCACUCUUAUAUUCAGAUUCAUGAAAGGUGAGGAGAGUUAAACUCAUAACUGAGUCCCACUAAAUUUAAUUGGAAUUGCUAUCAUGUCUGAUGAAGUAAACAACUCAUGAUAGGACUAUCAGAUCUGGGCUUCAAAAAUUCAGAUGACCACUAAAUAGCACCAAAUAGUUGGAUGCUGUUGUACUUGUCCAAAUACUUGCAACUCUCUUAUUGACUGUAAAAAUCACAGGUAAUGCAAUGUCACACUCUUGAGAAAGAAGUUUUAAUAUUAAGUAUGCCCUCCUUACAGAUUAUUGUAUUACAUGCUGCUUGGAGCUGCUAUUGAAAAUUACUCCAAAAAUUGACCUGACAAACUAAUGAUUCUCAUCCUUCUUGAAGCUGGACAGUCAAAUAAUGUAUUCCAUUCAGUCUGCAUCAACUGUGCUGAUUGUCAGUUCAUGUUUUACUCAAUUUGAAAUACUUCAUGCUUUAAAACUCUAAACAACAUUACCAUUCAGUAUUUUUUUUAAAAUUGAAAGACCUGCUUACUGCCUCACCAUUAUGGCCUUUAAAGUUAACAGGCAUUAGAGAGAGGUGCUUCUUAGGGUAGCCCAUACCCUUCAAAUAUCCUCUUUACAUACAACAGUCUGGCUAUGAAAACGAUUCUACUAUCCUAUGGCUUCUGGUUUUAAGGUUUUUAAUAUUUGCUCUCAUCAAAUAUUUGAAGCUGCAUUUUGUUUUCCAUUUGUUAUGUCAUAUUACUGAUUUAUAAUGCAAACUGUAUUCAAAAGACUAUGAAAUAUAGAUUUAAAAAACUAGUUCUCAAAAUUUCAAAGAAAAGGGAGAAUUAUAACUGAAUUCUUUUUUUAAAAAUAGUAUUUUUAUAAUUAUGUUUGAGGCAUAUUAUGUGCAAGACAAUGGAGAUAUCCUACUCUUUUUAAAAAUAUUUGUAUUGACAUAAGCAUGACAUAAGCAUUACCUAGAUUAUAUUAUACUGGCUUUUUAAAAAAGUUCUUAGGUGGUUAAUGUCAACAAAAUGUUUUGUUAUGUAGUACCUGUUUCAAAUAUAGGAAUUAAAAGUCUUCAGAGGAUAUCUGAUAUUUCUCUAUUAUUAUUUUUUUUGUUAAUUUAGCAUGUUCAAAAUUCAAAAAUAAAAUAUCUUUACAUAUAUAGCUUUUUGCUGUACCUUGUUUCCAACAUGUUGUUAAGUAUAUUUUCAACCACAUCUUGCAGUAAAAUAAAAUCAUUUGAUAGUA